GCCAUCAUUUUUGUGGGACCCAUGAUCCAUCCUCCUUUUAUUGGCCAUGAUCCAUCCUCCCUUUAUUGGUCGGCGGCUCCCGUAGGGAGUGCUCCACAGUACACCAGCAUCCAAUCUCUGUGGGACUCUGGGUCCAAAAUAGAGUCAAGCGUCAAAGUGGCAGCCUGUGUGCUCCGCAGGGCGCAGAGGCAUCCUUUUCCGAUUCGUCCUCUGCGUUACUGCUUCGCUCAGUUUCGCCAAACUUACAUUGUAAAUAGGAUUCUAACCGUUCAAAAUCGUUGGUCGUGGAGCUACAAGGAAUCGUCAAUGGCGCCGCCGAUCCUUUCUUUAGCUCUGCCGUCGGAAACGGGUCGAGUUCUUAGCAUUCAAUCUCAUACGGUUCAGGGAUACGUUGGCAACAAAUCUGCUGUGUUUCCUCUGCAAUUACUGGGCUACGAUGUGGAUCCAAUCAAUUCAGUGCAGUUCUCUAACCACACAGGAUACCCAACGUUUAAAGGCCAAGUGCUGAAUGGGCAACAACUGUGGGAUCUAAUUGAAGGCCUUGAAGCUAAUGAUUUGUUGUUCUACACUCAUUUAUUGACAGGUUAUAUUGGUUCAGUUUCUUUUCUGGAGACUGUAUUGCAAGUUGUUAAUAAACUGCGCUCGGUCAACCCGAAACUUACGUAUGUCUGUGAUCCAGUGAUGGGUGAUGAAGGAGAGCUUUACAUUCCUCAAGAGCUGGUAUCUGUUUAUCGAGAGAGGGUUGUUCCCGUGGCUUCGAUGUUGACUCCUAACCAAUUUGAAGCAGAACUAUUGACAGGAUUGAGGAUUACUUCUGAAAGAGAUGGCUUGGAAGCUUGUAACAUUCUUCAUGCUGCUGGACCUUCAAAGGUUGUGAUAACAAGUGUAAAUAUUGGUGAAUGUUUACUCCUCAUUGGAAGUCAUAAAAAAUCAGAGGGUCAACCUCUCGAGCAAUUCAAGAUUGUGAUACCCAAAAUUCCUGCAUAUUUUACGGGCACUGGGGAUCUAAUAACUGCUUUAUUACUGGGAUGGAGCAAUAAAUAUCCAGGCAACCUAGAUAUAGCAUCAGAGCUUGCAGUAUCUAGCUUGCAGGCCUUGUUACAAAGAACAGUAAAUGAUUACAAAAGUGCAGGAUUCGAUUCUCAGUCAAGCAAUUUAGAGAUCAGACUAAUUCAAAGCCAGGACGACAUUCGUAAUCCACAAGUUAAUUACAAGGCAGAGAAGUAUACAUGAGAGUUGUACAAGACAAGAUAAACAAAGUGUCAUCCUUGAAGUCGUGGAGAGCAGAAGUGCGGUUGCCGAGAAUUAUUCAAUGAUCCAAUGUCUUUGUUUUUUUCUCCACUUAUAUAGAAAACAAAGGGAAUGGUGAAUAAUUUAUUAACGGAAGUUCAUAAUGUGAUUGGUUCUGUACUUUUAUUGUUAUUACUAUUUUCAGAAGAAUUUUUCUUUGCUGAUAGGGAAGAAAAACAGUGUUAAAUUUUUCUUUGUUGCCAUUAUAAGCUUGUGGUUGAUCUGUAGUAGUGCGUCAGGUUGAUAGUCGACACUUAUUAUAAUUAGUCAUAAUCCAUCAAUCUUUUUGCA